GUCGUCGUUGUACGAUACAGUUACAUAGUUAGACUAUCGACUUAUCUAAUCGCACGCUCGUCAGCGAAAUGAUACGCGACUCAUCGUGUACAGUAUGACUGUACGACCCCUCCACGUGAUAAACUCCAUUUUAUUCAAUAAAAUAAACAUUGUUGGAUAUCUGUAGCGUGACUAGAUUAAAACUGAACUUGAAUUGAUAUAUUUAUUAACAUGAUCGCGUGGAUAAUUGUGGUGUUUUUCGUGUUAAUAGUUUUCACAGUUAAACUUUACCAAAAAUUAACGUGUGGUGUUUGUCGAUCCAGUGCUCAUAUGGUUGGUAAAGUUGUGAUAGUGACUGGUGGUAAUAGUGGUAUCGGUUUUGAGACUGCUAAGAAUUUGGCCGAACGUGGAGCCCGAGUGAUCAUUGCAUGCCGAAGUAUCCCCAGAGGCAUGAAAGCAGCGGAAGAGAUAAUCGAGUGCACUGGAAAUGAGAACGUUGUACACAAAUAUCUCGACUUGUCCAAGUUCCGUUCCGUGCGGGAAUUCUGCGACUCUAUUUAUAAAACCGAAUCGCGUUUAGACGUUCUUGUCAACAAUGCCGGUGCUGGCGGCCUCGGGAACAAGAAAACCGAAGAUGGAAACCAUUUGGGGAUGCAAGUGAAUUAUUUUGGACCAUUUCUGUUAACAAAUCUGUUGUUACCACUCUUAAAAUCAUCCGCUCCCAGUAGAAUCGUGAAUGUUUCUUCUUUUAUUCAUAAAUACGGAGAAGUGGACUUUGAAAAUUUGAACAUGGAGAAAUAUUGGAGUGAUUAUUUAGUAUAUGCUAAUAGUAAGUUGUAUAUUAAUUUGAUGACACUCGAGCUGGGACAAAGAUUAGAAGGUAGCGACGUUACUGUGAACGCUCUACAUCCUGGUGUCGCGUCUACAAAUAUAUUUAGGAACGUUAAAAACAAUUUAAUUCGUAACAUAAUUGAAAUGAGUCUUAACUUUAUUUAUCAAAGUGUUUGGGAAGCAUCGCAGACGUCAAUAUAUUUGUCAGUGUCGCCAGAAGUGCGAGGAAUUAGCGGCCGAUAUUUCAGUGACUGUCGGGAAACGAAGCCUUCAAAAGUGUCACAGGAUCCAGAAAUUGCAAGAAGACUCUGGCAAGAAUCUGAAAAGAUAGUGAAAUUUAAACUAAAACUAUAGAAAGAAAUCAUGUUAGCAAUAAAGAAUUUCAAGUAAAUAAACAUAUCUUACGUGAUAGCCCAGUGGAUUUGACCUCUGCCUUCAAUUCAGGGCUAACGUUUGAAUCUGGUACAUGCAUCUCUAAUGUUACAGUUAUGUGCAUUUAAAGAAAUUAAACAUCACGUGUCACAAACGGUGAAGGAGAAACUACGUGAAGAAACCUGCAUAUCUGGGAUUUUUCUUUAUUAUCUACGUGUGUGAAGUCUGCCAAUCCGCAUGGAGCAUCGGGAAUUAUUUGUCUAACCUUUCUCAUUCUGAGAGGAGUCUUGGGCUUUACAGUGAGCCGAAUGUGGGUUGUUAAUGAUGAUGAUGAUGAAAUAUAUCUUUUCUCCUUUAUGGAGGAUCUUUACUGAUAGGUUGAUAAUAAUCAAUGAUAUUAUACAUAUUAUAUCAUUAAUGAGAAUUAUGAAUAAAAUAGCUAAGUAUAGCAAUGGUCCAAUGUCAACGUCAUCCAACAAUGACCAUCAAAUUGUUCAUCGUAUUUAAAUUCAAGGUCCUUUGCGAGGUGACCGAACGGACUACACAAAUAUUCAAUGACCAGCUAAUUAUAAACGCAACUGAGAUGUACUGUGUCUAUGUGAUGUGCGCUAUAUUAGUUUAGUAAGUACGGGUAUUAUUGUCAUGGCAUAAAAUUGUGUGUUUUGUUUUGUGGUACGAGUAGUUAGGGGGACUCAUUAGAAUUUAAAAAAAAAACAAAAUUAUAAUUAGGUAAUAUACUAAAUU